CUUCAACACUAACAGCAGCUGCAGUGAAUCACAUUAGAGACUUUUCGAUUCUUGUGAUGGAGGAGACAGGUCCAGAAGGUGAGGAAAUGUUUGAGUCCUUGGAGGAAUUCCACAUGGUCCUCAGUGAGCUGCUGGGGGACAAGAGUAUGGACAAGGUCCGCGUGGAGUACGAAAAGCUGAUCCGAGCUCUGAAGAAGUCCAGAGAGAAUGAGAAGAGACUUAUGUCCAAGUGUAGGGAGCUGAAUGCAGAGGUUGUGUCCACAUCAACUAAAGUUGCUGCUGCCCUCAAACUGUCCCAGGAGGACGAAACGACAAUCACUUCACUAAAAAGGGAGCUGGACAAAGCCUGGAAAAUGGUUGAUGCUGCUCAUGAUAAAGAACGCAGGGACAAAGACACCAUCAGGAAUUUAAAAGAAGAAGUCGCCAACCUGAUAAAAAUGUCUGAACAGCAGACUGGCUCAUCCAUGGACACAGCACAAAGUGAAUUACUAAAAGCAAACGAGGAGUUGACUAAGGAGAGGGAUGAGCUGCAGACAGCUGUGGAGGCUCUGAGAGAACAGCUGAACAAGGCCACGGCCACCCUGCAGGAGAUUGAAGCCCAACAAGACAGAGCCUUCGAGAACAUUUCUCAGCUCCAGCAGGAGCUCCAGGUCCAACAGAAUGAGAUUUCCAGGGAGAUGAGGUUGAAGGAGAAGCUGGAUAAGGAGGUGAAGCAGCUGCACGGCGACAUUGAGGCAAAGAUGGGGGAAAUAAAAGCUCUGAAUAUGCAGGGCCAAAGAGCCAAAGAGGAGCAGCAGAGGCUGGAGCAGCAGCUCAAAGAGCUAAAGAUCUUGAAUGAGAGAUCCACCAGAGAGCUGGAGCAGAUGCAGGUGAAGAACAACAAGCUGCAGCAGGAGUGUGAGCAGCUCUCUUCAGCCAAAGAACAUCUGGCCCUGGAAAAUCAGCAGAACUCAAAUGAGCUCAAGAUGAGAGAAGAGGAGGUGAAUCAGAUGCGACAGGAGAUUGCCAAACAAAUAAAGAUGAGAGAAGCCAUUCAGAAAAAAUUCCACCAGAUGGAGGAUCAGAAAGCUGACGUGGACGUGCAGAGGGAGACACUGAAAGCUCAGAUCGCUGGUCUGGAGAAAGAUCUUGAAUCUUCCCAAAAGCAAGUUGAAACUGACAGGAAAGCUAUAGAGGAGCUCAUCCGAGAGAGAGACACUCUAAAUAAGAACAUGGUCAAAGCUGCGCUGUCAACAGAGAAACAGCAGAACCUGGUGAAGCUCCUUGAGCAGGACAAGAAGACCUUGGAACACGAGAUCAGCGGCUACCGCCAGGAGGCCCAGAAGCAGCGCAAGAUCAUCCAACAGCUGGAGAAAGAACGAGACCGCUACAUCAAUGAGACCAGCAGCCUCAUGCAGAAGGUGCAACAAAAAAUGAGUGACGUUGAAGUAAAAGAGGGGGAGAUCUUCGACUGGAGGAAGAAGGUCACUGAGGCAGAGUGUAAGCUUAAACAGCAGGAGAACCUGCUGGAGUCUGUCGUGGCUGAAAGGAACCUUUACAGCAAGAACCUCAUUGAGGCUCAGGAAGAGAUUGCAGAGAUGAAGAGAAAGAUAAAGACCAUGAACAACCAUGUCACCCGACUGAGAGAUGAGAUCACCGGGAAGGAGCUGGCUCUUGCCAAGGAUCAGCAGGAAAACAAGCGUUUAGAGAAGGAUAACGAGACUCUCAAGGGGGAGCUGCAGCUGAUGAAGUUCCAGCUGGAAGAAACAAAGCAGCGUGUCGACAGUCAGAAAACAGAACAGCAAAAACUGCAGAAGAUUGUAGCCGACGCUGAUGCUGAACAGAUCCAGCAGAGGAAACAGCUGGAACAGGUGAUCAGAGAGCGUGACAGCCUGGGCAAGCAGCUGCUGCACCGCAAUGAUGAGCGUGCGCUGCUCUACGAGAAGAUUAGAAUCCAGCAAUCGAUCCUGAGCAAGGGGGACUUCCACUACAGCCAGCGCAUGGAUGACAUCCGCCUGCUCAAGCUGGAGGUCAAGAGGCUGCAGCGCAAGAAGAGCAUCCUGGACAAGACUGUCCCCAACACAGAGGACCUGAGGCGAGAGAUGUUCCACCUGCAGAGAGAGCUGCUCAGAGAGAGGACGAGGAACAGCGUCCUCGAGGAACAGCUCAAGCCCAUAAAUAUUCACAGAUGGAGGAGACUGGAGGGCAGUGACCCUGGCAAAUAUGAGCUCAUCCAGAAGAUUCAAUCCUUACAGAAACGCCUCAUCGCCAAAACCCAAGAACUUGAAGAACAGGAACUCCUAUUACAGGAAAAGGAGAAGCUGUAUGUGGAGCUGAAGCACAUCCUGGCCCGGCAGCCGGGUCCAGAGGCAGCUGAGCAGCUCCAGCAGUGUCAGUGGACCAUCAGAGAGAGAACCAAAAAGCUCAAGGCGUUGAUAGCCGAGCUGAGAAUGCUCGACUCAAAGAUGAAUGAGUACAAGAGUGACAAUCAAAGGUUAGCUAAUGAGCUAGCAAACUUCAAGAAGAAGUACCUCAGCCAGAAGAAGCUUCACAGUGAGCAGAGGAUGAAGACCCAGGUGGAGCAGCUGGAGCCCCUCCCCCAGCUGAGCAGCAAACCUCACUUCACCGGAGGAGGCUUCAGGAUCGACAACCCUGUGAAAAGAUAAUGGUCCUAGUAGGAGAAUACUUCAUAAGCCAUCCAACCCCUUUUAAAUUAUUAGAAAUGAAAAAUAUCUAUACCACAUAAGCUUAGAUCGGGCCUUGCGGAGCAAUAUGUCUCAUGUCUCUUAAUUUUCUGAUAAGAGAAAAUAUGAGAGAGAGGACAUCUCCAGAUGCACCAAAAGCUCUUAACCAUCAAAAGGUGUGCUCAGUGAUGAAUCCCACUUGAUCAUAAAUCCCCUGUUAGCACUAUAUAAGGACAGGUUUUGUGCCGUAUGCAAAGACUCUGGCACAUGAACAAGACUGAAGACAU